AUGGCCGAUGAAGACGAGUUUGCGCAGACUCGAGGCAGCGAUGAUCUCUUCGACGAUGAAAUCAUCCCUGUCCCCGCGGAGGAGCAGCAAGUAUCCUCAGACGUACCCCCGCAGGAAGUACCAGAGGCCGCAACGAAGCCGGACGAUACACCAGCUGAGUCGCCUUCUGCUUCUGCUUCACCGGCUCCUGCACAGGCACCAGCUGGGCCACGGCGCGGGGGCGAGAGAGAGAGAGGGAGAGGGCGGGGCCGGGGGAGAGGUCGCGGAGGGAGAGGGACGAAUGCGUCGGGGCGGCGAGGUGAGGGUGGGAAUAAGAAGCCGGUCGAGGGUACACCUGAGCCUGAGAGUGGGAAUGGGAAUGUAGAGGGGGAGAACAAGGCUGAAGAGAAGGACGAUGAUGCUACGUCGGAGUCGAAGGGGUCUAACGGCGGAGCUGAGCAGCGUGUACCGGCUGUUCGUGGUGAUAGGAGUGCUACGGGCGGGAUUAAGAAGCCCAAACUGACCGAAGAGCAACUGACUCAACGAAUGGCAGCCGCCAAAGAAAACGCCGCCAAGCUAUCCGCCGCACACGCCCGCGCAGAAGCAGAUCAAGCAUCCUUCCUCGAGCGCGAGAAAGUCGCCGAUGAGAAACGCCGCCAAGAGCGCGCGAACCGCCGCGUGAUGGAUUCGGAACGAGAGCGUAAUCGCCAGCGGAAGAUGAAUGCUUUGAACGGACGGGAGUGGGAUGCUACCAAGCAGGAGGAGGACUACAAUCCUCGAGGCGGAAAGGGUGGUUUUCGGCGCGGAAUGCACGGUGGUGUUUCGGGGUAUACUCGACGGGACUUUGACGAUGGUCGACCGGAUGAAAAUGGCCGGGACAACCAGGGAGGUUUUCGCGGUAACCAGCGCGGUCGAGGACGUGGUAGGGGUGGACGAGGACGGAACAACUCCCGUGGACCGCGGAGGGAUAGCUGGCAACCUGACGGUGCUUUUGAGAAGCCUACUGCUGCGAUGAACGAAACAACCCCCCCGACGCCUGCGCCGGCUGCUACCAAUGAGGCCGAAUUCCCUGCCCUUCCGGGUGCCAAAGACCGUCCGGGAGAUGCCAAACCGAACUGGGCCGCUGCUGAGAAGAUUGAACCAAGCUGGUCCCCUGUGGAGGGAUCUACAUGGGCAGACCAAGUCGAGGCGCAGUAA